AGGCCUCUCCAAUGAAAGCGUUGGGCCGAGUGAAAUCGAGAUGCAGCCACAAGGUGUGCAGAAAGAAGAUGACCACGCAGGUUACCACCAGUCCCUCCACCUGGCCCUGCUGCGGGACAAUGAGAAACUGGCUUUGGAGAUUCUGGACCAACACGUGGACUGUGCUAACAUGGUCUGCUGUGAUAGGAACCACGACGGAGAGUCUCCGCUGCAUCUGGCUAUCUUUAACGGAAACUUCCGGCUGGUGCGAGAGUUGGUGAGCCGCGGAGCCGACCCGAACGCGCGCUGUACCGGGACAAGCUUCUCACAGGCACAGGGUGGGGAGGGGGGCGUGCUGUUCUACUACGGAGAGUACGCCCUCUCUCUCGCUGCCCGACUCGGUAUGGAACAUAUCGUCCGGUACCUGGUUGAAAAUGGCGCGGAGUUGGACAACCAGGACUCAAAAGGAAACACCGUUCUACACGUCUUGUCCAUCAUGGAACACGCGGACGCGGCCUGCUCCAUGGCCAGGCUGGUGCUGAAGCUGGUGGAGGAACAACUGGAAAUACUCAAGACGCAAUACGACAACCAACAACUCAGUCUGGAGGAGUUUGUCCAGAUUAGAGAGAACCUUGAUCUGGAGAAGAUCACCAACAACGCUGGGCUCACUCCGGUCAAGCUGGCGGCGGAUAGUGGCAAUCUGGAGAUGUUCCAGGUUCUUCUUGACCCUAGCCGCAAGCAACACGUUCUGUGGAAGUACGGCCCCGUGUCCGAGUGUCUGUACGAUCUGACCGACAUCGACAGUACGCAGCGCGGGGCGUGUAACGGGUUACUGGAGAUUGUGGUCUACAGUAACGUCCGGAGAUUCUACACUAACAUCAAGUACGCCAAAUGUAUGGUCAAUACGCCAAUGUACGGCUCGGUGUCCGAGUGUCUGUGCGACCUGACCGACAUCGACAGUACUCAGCACGGGGCGCGUAACGGGCUACUGGAGAUCGUGGUGUACAGCAACGUCCGGAGGUUCUACACUAACAUCAAGGCAGCAAAAAUGGUCCAAACCACGCCUAUUAAACAGCUGCUCAACAAGAAGUGGACGAGUUUCGUGCGCGGCUGGUUCCUGGCCUUCGCGCUGGCUUACCUCGUUCACAUCAUCGUCUUUACCAUCUGCUGCUGGUACCGACCACUGCGGACUGUGGUAAGGGUGGUGAGCAACGGAACUGACAACGUCACGGUCACAGUGGUGGAGAAAGUACCUGUGUUUGAGUCGUACAACACCCCGUGGCACCAGGCACGGCUUGCCGGGGAGAUGUUCACUCUGUUGGUCGUACUGCUCAUCCUCUACGUCGAGAUAUCUGACAUUAUCCACGUGAAACCACAAGCUUUCGGGAUUCUCAACGGAGUCGGGAACGGACCUUUCCGUUUUCUGAGCCUGUUAUACAGUUGUGCGGUGCUGAUUCUACUGGUAUUCCGGUUGACGGACCACCCCCGGGAAGACGUGGUCAUGUCCCUAGCCCUGGUGUUCGGCUGGAUGUUACUGCUCUACUUCUCACGGGGCAGCGAAGCUCUGGGGCCGUUCACUGUCAUUAUCCAACAGAUCCUGGCCGGGGAUAUCGUUCGCUUCUUUGCCGUCUACCUUGUCUGUCUGCUGGGAUACACGGCAGCGUUCUACAUCACAUUUGAGCAGGCUGACGAGUACCUCGAACAGUUCCGAGACUUUGAGCACACCAUGCUGACCCUAUUCAAACUGACCCUCGGCGUUGAAGACGUCACGGUUCUGGACAAGGCCCCCAACCCCGCCAUGGCGGUUGCCUUGUUUGUCAGCUUUCUCAUCUUCUCCUUCCUCCUGAUGACCAACCUGCUAAUUGGCAUGAUGGGAGAGACGCUGUCCAGGGUGUCCGAGGAGAAAAGGGAUCUUUGGAAACUGCAACGUGCCUGCCUGAUCCUCCUUUUCGAGCGGCGGCUGCCCAGCUGCCUGCGGAGGCCGGCAGGAGAGUACGUGGACGUGCCGGGGUUCGACCCUAACACCAGAUACCUCAGGGUGAAGAUCCUGGGCGAGCUGGAGGCCCGCAGUGAGGUGAAGUUUAAACGGGCCCCGGCCAGACAGCGCCCGUCCUUCCAGCGGUCCGUAGUCGGCUCAACCAAAUCAGCCAAGAUGCGCGCCAUGGUGGACUACUGGCGCAAACAAACUACCAGUCUAUAA